AUGAUUUGCAUUGAAUGUGGUAGACCAGUUAAUGAUGUGUACAAAGAGUUUGGUAAGGCUGGCAGUGGUAAUAUAAGACUAACAAGAUGUUCUUGUUGCCAGCAGAUUGCAGACAAAUAUGUGGAAUAUGAUUUUAUCAUUGUAUUUUUAGAUUUAUUUUUACAUAAAGCGCAAGCAUAUAGACAUUUAUUAUUUAAUAGACAACCUUAUAGAGAUUUUGGUAUUCCAAUUCAAUAUGUAAAGGUUUUAAUUGUAUAUAUAUUUUUCGAAUCAUAUAUAAAAUGGCUAAGAUUUAAAGAAUAUGGCCAACACCAACCAGGUGUACCAUUUUAUUAUAUCGAUUGGCACGAUGAUGUACCAUAUGAUAGAUAUUGGUUUAUCUUUUUAACAGCGAUUGCAGAAUUUGGAAUGUAUAUAUCAUCGAUAAUUGUGGCGGUAAGAUUUAUUUAUCAAUCAAGAUAUCCAAUUAUAAAGUACAACUAUUUGGUAAUGGCUAUUAUCCUAUCAAGCUUUGGCAAAGGCUUUUUGGUUUUAAUGAUGAUUUGGGACUAUCCUUUUAGUUUUGGUUCUAUUUUAAAUAUUUUUGUUUUAUCCUCCAAUGUUGUCGCCAUUAAAGUAUUUUUAGACACAAGUACAUUCAAAGCAAUUAUUUUUGUGGCAUUUGGAUUUUUAGGUAGAUUAUUUUUCCAAUCGAUCAUUUAUUUAUUCGAUGGUUCAAUGCUGUUGCAUUUAAAUCUAUAA